AUGGCCUUGCGCUAUCAAUCGUUUUCCACGAACGCGCCCUGGUCUGGCGCGAGCAAAAAGGGCGAGCGAGGACUGCUCCAGUGCCUGGACCGCGAACCUCCGUCACCCGAGUCGUCGCGCCUGGAGACGCCAACCGAGGCUGCAGCAUUGGCACUGACGACUCCCGAGGGUCCAGGGACGUGCCUUCAAGCCGUCUCCCCCCUAAGCGCGCCUCACGUGUCGUCAACCGACGCGCUAGAUGCGUUUGCGAUGCAGUCGCGGGCAGCUGAAGCCGAACACGAGGAGGCUGAGAUCCUGCAGGGGCUCCGCUCCGAGCUGAGGGCGCUGAAGAGCAUGCGUGGUGCCGAUGCUGGCCCCGAGGAUAGCUCCGAGGCUGCCGACGCUGGUGUCGCUACCGACGCUGGUGCCACGGCCAGCAGUGUCGACGUCGCCGACAGCACUGACCCUUGCCGAGGCUGCGGCGAUCUUGUCGUUGCCGCUGCCUCCGCCUCCGCUGCUGCUGCUGCCCCGCACAGCGCUAGGCUAGUGAACGGGACGGCUCUGGGACAUGUCCGGGAGGAGGCCGACGAGCAGCUCUCGAAACGUUACUCCACCGGGCUAACGGCGGCAACGCCUUCCUUGGACGCCGAGACGGCCAGCCUGCCGCGGUUAACAGCCGACGGCCCCCUGCGACCGCCGUCGGGGGCACACGCGGCCGCCGACCCAACCCACCUCCGACGCGCUCAGUCCGCGCUGCCUAGGGCCACGGGCGACGCCGACGCUGCACUUGGUCCGCUCUCCCCGCGGUCUUCGUCGAUAGCUGCGCGAUUGGCGGCCACUGCCCUAUCGCCGUACUUGGAGCCUGUGGGCUCACCUCGGAGGCGGCCCCUCUCGACGCCCAGCGGCUCUGCCCAGGGCAUCUUUCCUCGCUCCCUCACCUCUGAGCGGCGGCUGGGCGGCGAGAAAGAGCUAGCGCCACGAGCCUCGUUCGCACACGCCUCCGGGCCCGGCUCCCCCGGCGGUGCAUUGCAGCUGGCGGUCGCUGCAGUGAGUGCAAUCGUCUCGCAGCAACGCGCAAUGCUCGACGCGAUGGCCGACCUUCCAAACGCGGCUGCGGCGUCCGGCCUACCCCAGAUCUCGGCUGGUGGGCAGCCACCUGGCAGUCCGCGUCUUUCGGGCUCCGUGCGGCUGACGUCAGGCGACGGGGAGGGCGCCGUGGGAGCGGCGAAGCGGCUGAAGCGGCAGCAGACGGUCGAGGCGUUGCGGAGCGAGAUCUCUGCGGUGAAGAGGGGACUAGCGCAGCGACUGGAGCAGCGGAGCGAGGCGGAGAGGCAGCGGGGCCUUAUUGACCGCCUGAGCAGCCAGGUAGAGGUGCUAAUUGGGUCGGUCAAGUCGAGGUUGGCGCACACGUCUUCGGAGGCGGCGCUGGCGGCGGCACGGGGCGGAGUGGCUGCAGGCGCGGCGCCAGGGGCCGUUGACGUGCGUCAAGAGGGGGCGUCGGAGGACAGGCGUCUGUCGGACUCACCAGUCGAGCUCUCCACCGGCUCGCUGGCCAGUGCCGCCUCCUCCAUGUCCCUCGAAGCGUCCCCCAGCUCCGUUCGCGCUCCAGCCUCCCCCACGUCGCUCCCAGCGUCGCCCCGCUCCGCUCGCGCUGCGGCCUCCUUCGCGGGCCGCGGACGAGGCCGCGGCGGGCGCGCUGCCAGUGGCGGACGUGGCUCCAAUGGGGGCCGCUCCAGCGGGGGGCGGGGCUCGACGCCGCGGACGCCGAGGGCGAGGGGCGGUCCCAGGACACCGCCGAUGGAGUGGACGAAGCGAAGCGAUGCUGUUGCGCGGGCUGCGCCGGCCAAGAAGGAGAAGGCGGGGCGGCGUGCGGCCCCGGCGCAAGCCCCCGCACCGGCAGCGGCCGCUGAGAUGUGGUGCGAGCAGCUCGACACGCUGGCGGAGCAGCUCGGCGGUUCCUACGAGCCGGGGCGGCCUUGGCACGAGAUGCUGCGCGACCUGCUCGCUCCGCUGCCGGUGGCGACCCUCUGCGUGACCACUGACCCGGGCCUUCCCAUCGCGUGGGUCAACAGCGCCUUUGAAGCAUUGACCGGAUACAGUCAGGCCGACGCCGCAGGUAGAUCGUGCCGUUUCUUGCAGGGAAAAGGGACGGAGCGGCCGGCCGUACGGCUGAUGGUCAAACACCUGCGCGCCGGCACAACCAUGCCGCCCAUCGUCGUGACAAACUACACCAAGGGCGGCGACGAGUUUUCCAACGUGCUCACACUCCACCCGGUGCAUGACUCAGCUGGCAAGUACUCGUACGUGGUCGGCGUGCUCCUCCGCAAAGACCAGCACGAGUCGCAUCUCGGUGCGCUGGCGAGGCGGCUGCGAGAGCUGCUGCCGCGCACCUUUGACGCGAGCCUGCAGCGGGCGCCGCCGCCGCCGCCCUCGCUCACUCGGGAGGAGGCACCAGAGCAGGUGCGGGAGUGGCUUGAGCCUGUGGUAGCCUUUACGCAACGGCUCUGGUCGCUGGACACCGAGGCGUGUAUUGCGUGCCUGGUGAGCUACGCGCUCGACUCGGAGGCGCAUGCCGCCUCCAUCAUCGAGGCGGUCGAGCGGUACGCGCGCGGCUCGAAGCGCACCGCGAGCCUCGGCAGCCAUCGCGACCUCGUGAAGAGCUGUUUCGAGGCGGCGCGCUUCGAGCGCGACAUCGGACGCAAGGCGGCGGAGGCACGCGCGUGCGAUUUUUACAGCCGCGCUAGCGGCGCGAGCGAGCCGCUGCAAGGCCGCGCCCUCUUGAAGCAGUUGAAGAAGCACGCCGAGCUUGCCGCCUCGAUCCUCGCCGCCGAGGUGCUGCCCGGCCUCGUGCAGAGCAACGAGCACAGCGCCGCCCUCAUUCGGUCGCUGCUCGGCGAGCCGUUUGGCGGGGCGGUCGGGGCGGGCGGGGCGGUCGGGGCGGGCGGGGCGGAGCGCGCCGCCUGGGCCGACGCGGCGAGGCAGCUCCUCUGGGAGGACUACACCCUUCCCGCCGACUGCGGCGGCUUUUUGCUCACGUUUUGCUCGGUGGCGGAGUACUUUCCGGCUUGCAUCGUCAUCAGCGAUAUGGCCAUGGCGGGCAACCCGAUGGUGUACGUGAACCGGCAGUUUUGCAAGGUGACCGGCUACUCGCGCGAGGAGGUGGCCGGCCUCAACUGCCGCUUCCUGCAGGGGCCGAGGACCGAGCCCGCGGCGGUGGCGCACAUCCAGGACACCCUUCGCAGAGGCGUGGACUGCUUCGUCCGCAUCACCAACUACCGCAAGGACGGCUCCUCCUUCGUCAACCUGCUAAGCCUGCGGCCGGUACACGACUCGAACGGCGUGUACCGCUUCUGCAUCGGCGUCCAGUUCGACGCCACCGUCUCGCCGAGGAAUCGGAUGGAUCGGCUGACGGCGCUGCUCCCCCUCCUCCCGAACCACUUGCGCGUCUCGGGACCGCCGGUUGGGCCGAGCCACGCAAAGCAGCUGAAGCAGGGCGAGCCGGCUAGCGGUGGCGACAUCGAGAGCGUCAAGGCGCAGCUUGAGGCGGCGCUCGACCGGCGCGGCCUGAAGGGGGCGUGGACGCAGGACCAACUGACUGGCGCCGCCGCGCCCAUUCGCGUUUUCUUUUCCGAGUCGCUGUGCAAAGCAAGUUCGCCUGCCUUCUCGUUCUAG